CGGAGGCGGGCCCGGGCGCGGCUACGGCCAGACCCGGUCGGCGGGCGGGCAGCGGCCCCGGCCCGCGUCUGCGCCCCUCGCUCGUCCGCGGCCCCUCCGGGCGCCGCCGCGCGCACAGCCAUGGUGGGCCGGCUGAACCUGCAGGAUGUGCCCGAGCUCGUGGACACGAAGAAGAAGGGCGACGGCGUCCUGGACAGCCCGGACUCGGGGCUGCCCCCCAGCCCCAGCCCCAGCCACUGGGGGCUCGCGGCGGCCGGGGGCGGCGGCGGCGGCGGGGAGCGCGCCCCGGCGCCCGGAGCGCUGGAGCCCGACGUGGCGGCGACCCCCGCGGUCCCGAAUCCGGCCUCGCUCCCCACCCCUCCGGCCUCCGCCUGCGCACCGAGGCUCUGCCCCCUGUCCUUCGGCGAAGGAGUGGAGUUUGACCCUUUACCACCGACGGAAGUAAGGUACACCUCCUCGGUCAAGUACGACUCAGACCGGCACUUCAUCGACGACGUCCGCCUGCCCCUGGGCCUGGCCGUGGCCUCCUGCAGCCAGACGGUCACCUGCAUCCCCAACUGCACGUGGCGCAGCUACAAGGCCGAGCUGCGCUUCGAGCCCCGCCACAAGGCCACCCGCUUCCUCAGCACCACCAUCGUCUACCCCAAGUGCCCCAAAACCGUCUACACCACCACCCUGGAUUACAACUGCCGCAAGACGCUGAGGCGGUUCCUGUCCAGCGUGGAGCUCGAGGCCUCCGAGUUCCCGGGCGGCGGCGGGGAUUACCUCUCGGACGAGUGCUGACUCAACAGGCUGCCGGGGCGGGCCAGCUCCUCCGCUGCCCUGGUCUCUGCCCUGGUCUCCACCCUGGUCACCGCCCUGGUCACCGCCCUGGUCUCCGCCCUGGUCACCGCCCUGGUCUCCGCCCUGGUCUCCGCGGCCCCGCUGCCCUCCAGUCUCACUCGUGCCCCCAGAGGAAUCUAACCUAGAGACACCUCUAAGCCCGGCCUGGGGAAGAAAAAAAUGUGUCACGGCAUCUUAGAGUGAUCGAGAGAAUUUGGUUUUUUAAAAUGCUUUGUUUUGAAAAGGAGUGUCUUUUCUAGUUUGCUGCUGUGCAUUUUCCCCCAGAGUCUCAAUCUGAUGAGAACAUAGAGAGACGACUAGAGCGACGGUGUGAACCAGGGAGGGGCGCGCCUCUCCGGGGGACUGUGGGUCUGAGAAAGAGGAGGAGAAGGCCUCGGAUGGAAGCAGCGAGUGUGGAGGGGUUUCAGCCCCGGCCCUCGCGGCGGCGAAGCGAAGUGGCGCUCACUCCGGGCCUGGGACGCCCGUGUGGGCCCAAUCUGUGCCGAGCCGAGUCCAUGCCAUUUUCUCUUUCCAUUCCCACUUCUCUUCCCUGCUAACCCCAAAGCCUGGGAUUCUCUCAGUCUUUUUCACGACAUCAAAAAGCCCCAAACCGCAGAAUAAGAAUUAAUUUU